AUGCAACACCUGGAAGUCACUCAGCAUGCCGCCAACCCCAGCGAAGCCGCGACACAAUAUCCUUCGAUCCAUAUAAAUGGCCACCAAAUUCCCAUUGAUCCAGUCCUCACCGGCAUACCCUUUGACCCGGCAUUUCUAGCAGGGGAGAAUGAUGCCGACAAAGUUCAGCCUCCUCCUCCGCCGACGCCUCCCCUCGAAGAGCCCAGACAAUACUCGGAGCCCCUCAGACAAUACUCGCAAGGACCCCAGGGUGAUCCAUUUGCGCCUCCUCCUCCACCUUUUUUGCCAAUUCCGAUCGAACAGUCCCCUCCGCGUACGACAACCAAGAAGAAGCGCAAGACACGACAACCAGACUAUUGCGGCAUCUGCGAUUCCAACCACUCAUCAGAAUUAAUGGUGCUGUGUAUUGAGUGUGGGCGCAAAGAUCACCCCAGUUGUAUCUCAGCGGAGGUAGUUGGAGAUGUCGUGAGAUCUUAUCCAUGGCGGUGCAGUGAUUGCAAGAUCUGCGAAGUGUGUCUGAGCAAGGGAGAUGAAGCGAAGAUGGUAUUUUGCGACCACUGCGAUAGAGGUUGGCAUACAGAUUGCCUGAACCCGCCGCUCGAGGAGACGCCGCAGGGCAAGUGGCAUUGUCCAGAGUGCCCAAGUUUGGACGUUGAAAUGAUCGCCCUUCAAACGGAAGCACUUGUAUUCACCGAGGUUCCCGUCCAAAUGGACGAUCCGAUGCGCGGGUCAUCAGUCGCGUCUUCCUCUCGCCACAGGAGCAAGCCAUCACUAUCAAUCUUCACGGAAGAAUCAGAAGCUGAAGUGAAGGUACCAUCCACUCGACGGCAAUCAAGGAAGACUUAUAGGAAAAGGGCGGUGAAGGAGGAAUCUGUACUAUCUUCGGAUCAGGAGGUAGCUCCUACACCAGUCAAGUCUCCCAAAACCAAACGCCAGAGAGUCCAAUCUCCCGAUCGACCGCUGCCACGCAUUCGCCUGCGGCUCCCAGCUCAGAAAUGGAAAGGCAAAGAACGUGAGCCACCGGAGUCUCCUAAAGGGAUGUUCAACGAUAUACUGCCUCCCGAAGAUCGUGACACGACGAAGACCACGAUUACUGCUUGGGACAAGCAACAGUUCGAGCGUAGCAGGCAGGUUGCUGAGGAGAAACUCGCCCCGUCGUCCGAAGCCCCCGCCACCCCAGUUGCAGGUCCAUCCCGGCCACUACGCUCGGCCGCCAUGCAUAGUCUCUCCUCAUCAAUGCCAACUACCCCCGCCUCUCCGACUCCCUCAACUCCCGGUGCCAAAGUGCCCGCCUUUCCCUCCAUGAAGCCCAACGCGCUGCGCAUACGCACUAUCCGUUUUGGACCUUUUGAUGUCAAGACCUGGUAUGACGCACCUUUCCCCGAAGAAUAUGCAUCAAUACCGGACGGUCGCCUGUGGAUAUGUGAAUUCUGCCUGAAGUAUAUGAAAAGCCGGUUGACCGCGGGUCGACACAAGCUUAAGUGCAAGGCCAGGCAUCCUCCAGGCGACGAAAUUUACCGUGAUGGUGCUAUUUCGGUAUUUGAAGUUGAUGGCCGGAAGAACAAAAUCUACUGCCAGCAGCUGUGUUUGCUAUCAAAGAUGUUUCUUGAUCACAAGUCGCUAUUCUACGACGUCGAGCCUUUUCUCUUCUAUGUAAUAACGGAGGCGGACGAAUUUGGCGCCCAUUUUGUUGGUUACUUUAGCAAGGAGAAACAGUGCACGCAGGACUAUAAUCUCAGUUGCAUCAUGACCCUUCCUGUGCGGCAGCGGCAAGGAUGGGGGAACUUCCUUAUGGAUUUCAGCUACCUUCUGUCGAAGAAGGAGAAGAGGACAGGGUCUCCGGAGAAGCCUCUAUCAGCACUGGGCGCUAUUGGCUAUCGGAACUAUUGGACGUUGGCCAUCAUGCGAUUUCUUGACACGGUGCGGAGUGAUCUAAGAUUGGAAGAUAUCAGUAAUGGUACAUCAAUGACCAUUGAAGAUGUCUAUAACACGCUUGUUCAACAAAACAUGAUAACUACCCGUGAGACGACUCCAUCAGCCCGACCGUCCCCAGGUCAAUCCAUCAAGUAUCCUAAAGGCCGCAGGGCUGGGGUCGCCCGGCGGGCCCUUCAGCGGACGCAGACACAAGACGAUGACGUCUCGAAGGGUCCUUUCGUUCCCCCGAAGUCGUACCGCAUCCAUUGGGAUCAGGGGAAGGUGUCUUCGUAUCUGACAAAUUGGGAGGGAAAGGGAUACCUGCAGCUGAAACCCGAGAAACUUAAAUGGACUCCGUUUUUGGUCUCGAGAGCUGAGAUACUCACGCCGGCAUUGGAAGAUGAUCCGUUACGAGAACGAGAAGGCAAGGACGGAGGACAAAGCGAGGCCUCUACGAGUGCACCACGUGGGGAGUCUACCUCCUCAAGGCAAGCAGGGUCGCCCGAAGCUCAUUCGCAAAACCCUACAGACGAUACUCUACCUGUACAUUCACCCUUAUCUUCCGUGGACGGGUCAAGGGGUCCUCCACUGUCUAUUGACACGGGUCAGUCUUCCAGUCCUCCCCCUUUACCCCCUACGUUGUCGAGGCGGCGAACAAGGUCGCAAUAUACCCCCUCACCAUCAACCCCUUCGCCAUCUCUAUCUACUUCACGUGCCCGGGCUACACGGUCGUCGUCCCGCAAAGUCCUGUCCCACAACCCUGACGAUAUCCUUGCUGAAGACGAAGCGUUGGCGGCUCAGCUGCAGGAUGAAGAGCAACGCCCAAGACGGCAGCUGCGAUCACGGCAAGACUCGUCUACCCAGCCUCCCAGGCUAUCUCCCACCCCACCGAGAUCUUUCUCCCUCAAACGCAAGCGGAUAGAGUCCCCCGAAGAUGACGACGAUAUUGAAUACGACCCACCAUCCGAAGCCACACUCAUUCCCCACCCCCACGUCAAUGGCAACCAUAAACAGGAAAAUGUUUCCGAAACAUCCAGUCCCGUGGUGUUCACCGAGCCCGAACACAUACAUCCCUAUCCCAACGGCCACAAUCAACACACUAUAGGGCCUGGAGUCAACGGUCUCGGGGAGCAGGGCCUUGCUUGCACUGCAAGCGAUUUAGAUAUCGCCACGGUCCUUGUAUCGCUAAACAACUCUACACCCGUCCGUAGUAAUGGUGCCGACCUCAAACCGGAAGCUACCAAGCCGGUCAUGUCCAUAACCGACCAGAUUAUGCCUCAACCAUAUCUCAAUGGCACGCAUGUCGACGUGGCUACAUGCUCCCACACAAUGCCCAUGACCGUCCCAAGCACGCCUACGGAGGUCAAAUCCGUUGAUUGUACAAUGUCCGUCGACGCCACUAUGGCAUCCCCAACUCCCGUCAAGACAGAGGUCGCUGUAGGAGCGAUCCCUGAUCAGUCGACAAGCAUGGAGGUAGAGGAUGAAUAUGGCGACGAAGAUGCUGACGGGGAAUAUGAAGAGGAUGCCGAAGGGGAGCCAGAUGACGAGCUUGAUAUAUCGGAUACUGCAAGACUCAGUCAAGUGUAG